AAGGUUAUUUUGCACCUUCAAAAUGGAGUCCAACUGUAACUUGCCUGCUGCAAAUCAAGUGAAUUCCUACCCAGUAGACCUGCCUUGUCAGGAUUAUGACGCACUGUGCCCUGACUCUGAAUACCUGUCAAGUCUUGAGUCAGACAUGAAGUCAUUUCGCCUUCCCAGUGGAACAGAGGUAAACGUAACUCAUGACAAUAUAGGCAAGCUCAGGCUGUUUGGCGAGGAUGACCCACCUCAUUACCUUCUCGCCCUCCAUUUACCGGGAGAUGAAACCCAAGUGGUUGCCAUAUACAUGCAUCACAAAUGGUGGCCCAUCAGUGAUGUUUUGAAGACAUCCAGCAAAUCCAGAAAUGGACUUGUGUUUGUGGAGUCAGUGAUGGAGAGAGUUAUACUAUUCCUGCUAAGUCAGGUUGUGUUUGGAAUGGUGGAAAGGUCUCUGGGAGAACACGUGUAUUUCUCAACUCAUCCUGUGUCAGAAUAUGGCAAAAUCUUCUGGCAAGAUGGAGAAGCAGUUGGCUUUUACACUGUUAAAAAGAAAGGAAGCCUGUGCAAUGGAUGCACUGGUCAGAGUUACCUUCUCCCCGUGCUGGACACUGUGUUUGUGCGCAGCCACUGGAGGAGGAAUGGCCUAGCCACGAGGAUGCUCCAGGAUUUCUGCAAGUCCAUGCCCACAGAGAGGGUGCUGGGCAUUAGCUAUCCCAUAUCUCCCAGUAUGUAUGGAGUAUGCAAGAAGUACCUAGAGAUUCACCAGGAACAAAGAGAGCACCUCUAUGAAGUGGAGGCUCCUGGGAAUUGGAGUCAGAGACGCAAUGUGUGGUUGAGCAUACUACUCCAGCACCAGCCAACACACAGUACGAUCUCAGAUGAGAGUCCACACAUCACACAAGCUACAGACAAACAGCUCACAGACACUAAAGGGAAGAAGAGCAUGCCACGACUCGCAGGCACUGAACCACGCAGGCAUCAGAGAAGAUGUGUCGAGAAGCGACCAACUGACCAGGCUGGGACGCCACAGAAGUGUAAAAAAACCAAGAUAUCCUAGUAAAUUCUGUUCUACUGUCUCAGGGAUUUGUAGUUGCAAUACAACAUAAAACCAAAAUGUCUGUGAUUGCAGAAGAAUAUAGAGACAUUUACAAGGUCUUGAAAAUGAAUGCCGUGUUCACUGUAAACAUGAUUAGCACUCAUAACUGUGUUAGUGUGACACUGAAUUUACUGGUUGAACAGUGUCCAAAAAUCUAAAUUAAAAAUAAAUAAAUAAUAAACCUUUUUUUAUUUAAAAACCUUUGAGGUAUUCAGUAUUCCCUAAUUCUAGUGUUCUAACGAAGACCAGUGCAGUGUGUACUGUUAGCUUCUAUUAGCUUUUGAGUAAAUCCUCUUUACACUUUAUGUGAAUUUUUUCCCCCUUGCCUAAUGUGGCACCAGGAAGGAAAAGACAGUCAUCAGUUACUGAAAUCGCAAGGUCAUUUGUCAAGAAAAACAAAGUUCAAAUUCCAAUUCAAACAAAGCUACAUCUGGAUUUAAUAGCAGGAAUGGGAACUGCAGGUCACUGACAGGUGCAUAGCCUUACAAAAUACUGAACAACAAUCAAAUUUAAACUAAUCUGUAACCAUAUUAGUUAGUUGUCAGCUAAAGCUUAAUGUAGCUUUUUUUCUGUUAUAGAAGUGUCAUUUGGUUGAUGGAGAAAAAAAUAAAACAUUUGACUUUUA